AUGCUUAUAAAAGAUAUAGUUCAGCAAUUGAUAGACGACAAUUUGAUCAAUUGUGAAAAAUGUGGUACGACAAACUUAUACUGGUGUUUCAAAUUUGACAAAAUUAAAAAUUUACAAGUUCAGUAUAACAAUUACCAGAAAAGGCUUAAAGAGAAGCAAUUAGAAAGAGAUCAGCUUAUCGAAAAGAUCCAACUGGGUAAGUUACAAAGAGUUCCAAAGGGAGAAUUUGGUGAUAGAAGCAAAUUGAUCAAGCAAUUCACAUGCCUCAAUAAUCGUAAACAACAAUUAGAUGAAGAAUUGCAAAAGUAUGGUGAUAACGAUCCUCAGUUAAUUGAGGCGUUGAAUGAAAAGAAUGCACGUCUUAUACUGGCAAUUGAAACAUAUACGGAUGAUAUUGAAUCAUUGAUUUACUAUUUUACCAAGGUUUCCUUGGCUGCUAUCGAAGAGCUGGAUUUGAGAAAUGAGCUAGGAAUUCCGACAGAAUUCGCUGAAUUACCAAGAUUACAAUAG